AUUCUAGGGAGGGAUAUCAAUCCAGGAGCCGACCCGUCCAGUUGUCUUCUUGCUGUGCUGCUGCGAAGCGCACCCUCUUGGCAUCUGACCUCGACGUCAUCGCCAGGCAGAUCGGCAACACAGGAAUCGUCGGUCAAUCCCUCACAUCUUCACCUCUAAGCAGCAUAAGCAUGGCCUUGCUUGGCAUGCUAGGAUAUAGGAUAUACGAGCGAGCGAAGUAAACUCGUCGCUGAGCGCGAUGUGCCGCAAGCAGCCUCCCAUAUAUACGUACGACACGAGCAUGAGCACAGGUCAUCGGGUUCUCAAUGAGAGGACACCCGCAACUGUCUAAAUGUCCGAAUGCACACAAGUUUCGCCAUUAUGCCCCGUCGAGGCCACAGUCUACGGAUACUACCCUAAUCUCGGGGCAAACGCCUUUUUCUGUGCGAGCUUUGCAGUCUUCACAAUCGCCCAACUCGUCCUCGGGAUCCGAUACAAGACAUGGACUUGGAUGAUCGCUACCGUCAUCGGCUGCGCGAUGGAGUCGAUCGGGUACGGGGGCAGGAUCAUGAUGAAUCGGAACCCGUUCGACGGUGGCGGAUUCAAGAUGCAGAUCGUCUGCCUCAUCCUCGCCCCCUCGCUCCUCUCUGCUAGUAUCGACCUCACGCUCAAACACGUCGUCAUCGUGUUCGGCACGGAAAAGUCGAGGAUCCGUCCGAACCUCUAUACUUGGGUGUUCAUCGGACUCGACGUCGCUUCGAUCUUGAUCCAGGCCAUCGGAGGAGCCAUCGCUGCAUCGGGAGAGGAGAACCGGUCCUUGCUCGAUAUCGGGAACAACUUGAUGCUCGUCGGGAUCAUCGUCCAGGUGGUCCAGCUGGUCGCUUUCGCACUGGUCACCGCCGACUACGUUCUUAGGACCCGCAAGGCAUAUAGGGACAAGCCCCUGCCGCCUCUCGGAGCAUACUACAUCCGAUCGAAAAGGUUCAGGUGGUUUUGCUAUGCGGUGACCGGCGCCUUCUCUGCCAUCCUGAUUCGAUGCAUCUAUCGUAUACCCGAGAUGGCUGGAGGAUGGGGAGGAGCGAUCCAACGUGACGAGAUCAGUUUCCUAGUCCUUGAUGGAGGGAUGAUCUGGAUCGCGGCGUUCCUGCUUACGAUCUGCCAUCCAGGCGUCUACUUCCCUCAACUAUCAAAGAACCGUGAUGAGAUGCAGGAAGGGUUCCAGGCGAGGAUGAGCGAAAAGCGAGAUCAGACCCCUUCAUUCGCAUGAACCCAGAGCCAUGAAUUGCGUCGAAGGAAUGUUCAAGGGGAAUUCGGUACUUUGCUUUUUGCUGUUGUAGCCUUAUAUUUGGUGCUAGUCUGCAG